AUGAACUUGACAGAUCUGCCGGAUCGCGAGAUCUAUUUGCCCGAUGGCUUUACCGAUCCUCAAGCUUAUCUCGAAUCGCUGGUUUCUUUUACGUCAAAAUUCGAUCGACUCAUCAACAUGCACAUUGUAAACUUUGUCGGUCAUGAUCAGUGGUCCAUUUUACCUGCGACGUGGCGAGAAGCGUUGCUACCAAGCAAUCGUAACGACGACUACGACUGGAUCUCGCCACUCGUAUGCCUGGCUUCAGAGAACACGAGUCUGGAUGGCUGGCCCGAGUCGCUCAAGGAAUAUGUUGAAACUGCCAAAAAAUUGGCAUUACCUCGAAAACCUUUAUUUGGCUGUUGA